AUGUCCUCCAAAAAGAAUGUAAAAUCAGAACAAUUAAUAUCAUGUCCUGUUUGUAAUAAGAAAAUUAAAUAUUCGAUCAUUAAUGCUCAUUUGGAUAAAUGUACGGACAAGUUUAAUUCAGGAAACGAUGACUCCAAGGAGAAGAAUUCUGUUAUGAGUAUACUUGGUGGAUUUAAGUCGCGUAAAAGAGUUGCUGAAGUCGAUGUGGUUGAUCUGGAGAAAACGUCUUCUACAAAUGAAACCACUAUGGUAAAGGAAGAAGUGAGUCCUCAUGAGUCGGCAAAAAAAUUGCAAAUAGGAGCAGUAACUAAACAGAAUUAUGUUUCAAAUUCACCACAUCUUUCUACCGAAUAUGAAUCAAAGCGAUUGCAGAAGAUCAGUCAUUUACCAUUAAGUGAGAAACUGAGACCACAUGAACUCAAAGACUACGUAGGGCAACAACACCUUAUGUCUAAGGAAAGUGGUAUUUUGGCAAGAUAUAUAACAGAGGGUCAAAUCCCAUCGAUGAUAUUGUGGGGACCUCCUGGUGUUGGUAAAACAACAUUGGCGAGAAUAAUAACAAAAGCUGCAUCUGAAUCCAAUCCAGAUUCCAAGACCUCAUACCAAUUAGUUGAGGUAAGUGCCACUAAGACAAAUUCUCAAGAACUACGUUCGAUAUUUGAGAAGUCAAGAAAUGAAUAUAAGUUAACAAAAAGGAGAAUUGUAUUAUUCAUAGAUGAACUUCAUAGAUUUAACAAAGCACAACAAGAUUUGUUGUUGCCACAUAUUGAAAAUGGAGAUAUAAUUUUAAUUGGAGCAACAACUGAGAAUCCUAGUUUUCAGAUGAACAAUGCAUUGAUAAGCAGGUGUAACGUAUUCGUAUUAGAAAAAUUGUCAACAAAUGAAAUCUGUAUCGUCUUAUCAAGAGGAGUUGCAUUACUAAACAAGUGUCGUAAACUACUUUGGCAUACAACAAACCCUUUGAAGUUAUCCAGGAUGGUAUUAGAGUAUAUUGUCAAUCUAUGUGUUGGAGAUACUCGUAAAGCAUUAAAUAUAUUGGAAAUGAUUGAAUUAUCAACAAGAGAUGUUUCCAUAGAAUUAACAGUCGAUAGUAUUAAAGACAUCAUGAGACAAAACACAAGUGAAUCAGGAGUCAAUUCGUAUUACGAUAGAAAUGGUGAUAACCAUUACGAUACAAUAUCAGCCUUACACAAGGCUGUAAGAGGCGGUGAUGCAAAUGCGGCACUGCUUUAUCUUGGCCGUAUGUUACAAGGUGGGGAAGAUCCUUUGUAUAUAGCAAGAAGGAUGAUCAGAAUGGCAAGUGAAGAUAUUGGAGUGGCAGAUAGUAGUUUACUAACACUGGCAGUUUCUACUCAUGAUGCUGUUAUGAAGAUAGGUUUACCUGAGUGUGAUGUGAUUUUAGCACAUUGUUGUGUUGAGCUAGCGAGAGCAAAAAAAUCCGUAGAAGUUUAUAGAGCUUAUAAUAAAGUCAAAACCAUGCUUAAGGAAAACACCUAUUCAUUAGCUAGUAGUGAAAUACCUAUGCAUAUUAGAAACGCGCCAACAAAACUAAUGAAGGAAUUAGGCUAUCAUAAAGGGUAUAAAUACAAUCCAGACUUUAUUGAUGGUAAAGUAAAACAAGAAUAUUUUCCAACUGAAGUUCUGGACCAAUGUUUGGAUAAGAAAGAGUUGAAUUUUUUGACAGGUGAACACUUGGGAUCCAGAUAUGAUAAUGAUUUAGUAGAUAAUGAUGAAGUAAAAAAGAAGAGAAUAUAUAAUGGCAUUUCUUAUCAUCAAUCGGAUUUAUUUAAAUGUUUAAACGAUAUAUAA